AUGGUUUUCCUUGCCCGAAUCUCGCUGCUUCUUGUCCCGUUACUUGGGACUUUGUCUCAUGCAAUUCAGGCCGAAGACUAUCCCUCAACCUGCAUCGAUGCCUGCGACGGCAUAACUCCUGACCCAAACAACGCAACCGAAGCCAGCUUUUACUGCGACUACUGUAUCUGCAACAACAAAUUGCUAGGAUGGUCCAAUUUCCAACCACCCGAGAACUUCACCGACAUGUUCGCCGACUGGGUUCCGUUGGGCGGCCUCUGUCCGAAAGAUUGGCUCUGCACCUGGGCGAACUGGACCGACAAUGGAUUCAAUGCCAAUUAUAGUAAAUUGGUCUACGCUCCCAACAACGGCUUCAAUGGCUGUCCCAUAACUGUGACUCUGGAGGUUGGCACCUUGGUGGAUCGCUUUGGCACGGAAAAUGGCAGUUAUCUCGCCCCAGCGGGCACAACGUACGGUGAGCGGUCUAUCGGGCCAAGCAGUCUGAACAAGUAUUCUGGUAGUACCCAGUACAACUACUGGAGAUUCAAUGUGACGCAGGAGUUUGAGGCGCAGGGUGGGUUGAUUCUGCCAUGGGAUAGCCAGCCUGGAGGUGGCUGGCAGUGGUAUGUGAAAGGGGGUUUGGGCCCGUUGCAGGAUGCCGGUAAGCUGAAGUUGGUCGGGGCAGAUACUUUUGGGGUUAAUGAGGCUUGGGAGGCUGCUGAGCCGAUGGAGAGAGUUUAUGCGCUUCAGGACCAGUAG